ACUGCUACACAAAAAUGCUUUUUGUAUUUUAGGAAUCGCGCCAUUUUCAUUUGUAUCAAAGGUUUUCGUUCAUCGUGGCAUUGGCACUGAACCCAUCGGAACGCAAAAACUCCCAGUGCUCCAUGAAUUCCGUAAUCCGAUUCCGGUAGUUAUCUCUGCUGCGGGCACGGAUAUCUUGUUGUUCUCCGAAUCGAGGAAGACCAGCGCACCUCCGAUUAGGGUUUUGGUUGAAGGUUGUAAGAAAUGAAUUCCGGCGAUCUCAACAAAAUAUGGGAAAUCAAAACGCUGAAGAGAAAACCUAAAGAAGAAGAGGCCCGGAAGAUUUUAGACAGAGUCGCAAAUCAGGUCCAGCCCAUCAUGCGUAAACACAAUUGGAGGGUCAAAGUGCUUUCUGAGUUCUGUCCGCAAAAUGGGCGUCUUCUGGGCUUGAAUGUAGGACGCGGUAUACAUGUAAAAUUGAGGCUUAGGAGGGCAAACAAAGACGAGGAAUUCCUUCCUUUCCAUGAGGUCCUGGAUACAAUGCUCCAUGAACUAUGCCACAAUGCUCAUGGCCCGCAUAAUGCCAACUUCUACAAGCUUUGGGAUGAACUUCGAAAGGAAUGCGAAGACCUCAUAAACAAAGGGAUAAGUGGUUCAGGACAGGGGUUUGAUCUUCCUGGAAGGCGUUUGGGUGGAGUCUCCCGUAAACCUCUUUCAUCUCUUCACCAGGCUGUGUUGACUGCCGCAGAAAAUAGGGCUCGUCUUGGAUCCUUGCUGCCUUCAGGACCUAAGAGAAUUGGUGGUGAUAGUUCUAUUAUGGUUGCACUUAGUCCUAUGCAGGCUGCUGCAAUGGCAGCUGAAAGAAGAUUACAGGAUAAUAUCUGGUGUGGCUCAGAAUUCUAUGAUGUAUCCGAAGAAGAUGAAUCUUCAGAUAGAGGAUGCUGUUCGGAGAUUCCAAGCACUGCACUUGAUGGACUGGAUAUGAAGGUAAAAUCUUGGAAAAGAAGGAGAGAAUCAGAUGAUGUUUCUGUACUCGAGUCUAACAAUGGUGAACAAGAAUCCAGUGUCAUAGACCUGGAUAAACCUGUUUCGAAAUCAGGAUCCAUGUUCCGUUCACAUGAAAUACCUCCUAAUAAGAAUUACCAAAGAGAUUUGUCUACAGAAGCUUCAACUUCCACAUCCAUAUCUAGCCAUGAUCUGAUCCAUGAUGACCAAUGUCGCACAUGGCAAUGUAGAGCAUGCACGUUGCUGAACCCACCAUUAGCUCCAGUAUGUGAGCUUUGCAGAACCCAAAAGCCCAAAGAUGAUAAGCUGAAAACAGUGAUCUGGUCAUGUAAAUUUUGUACUUUGGAAAAUGAUUCGAAGAUGGAAAAAUGUGCUGCAUGUGGAGCUUGGAGAUAUUCAUAUGGUCCACCUGUAGCUACUUCAUCACCCAAUCUUGGCACUUGAGAUUGAUUGGUGAAAGGGCUUAGAGAAGUAGCGGGAUGGUGCAUUUCUCAUUCAACACUCUUUUAAUCAUAUGCAAGUUCGCCAUGGAUUAUGUUUGACUCAUUUUUUGGCUCUCGGGGUAAUAGAACUUGUUUCAACAUACCUGAACACUAUGGAAUUCAUGUUGUGAAAAGCACAAACCACAAAGUAUAUUUUGACAGCUGUCUCAGUUAUAUUUCAAUGAAAUUUUGAAGCCA